CGAAGCCCAGCCCGAAACACCACCUCUCCCCAAAGCCGCCGAGCUUGCCUGCGCGCACACAAUCGAGCAACCCAGCCAAGGCACGACACGACCGCCUCCGCCGCCCGGGAAGCCCAAAACAAACCCUAAGCCUCCGCGACCGGCCGCCGGCGAUGGCCCGCUACGACCGCGCGAUCACCGUCUUCUCCCCCGACGGCCACCUCUUCCAGGUCGAGUACGCCCUCGAGGCCGUCCGCAAGGGCAACGCCGCCGUCGGCGUCCGCGGCACCGACACCGUCGUCCUCGGCGUCGAGAAGAAGUCCACCCCCAAGCUCCAGGACUCCAGGUCGGUGCGCAAGAUCGCGAGCCUGGACACGCACGUCGCGCUGGCGUGCGCGGGGCUCAAGGCGGACGCGCGGGUGCUCAUCAACCGCGCCCGCGUCGAGUGCCAGAGCCACCGCCUCACCGUCGAGGACCCCGUCACCGUCGAGUACAUCACUCGCUACAUCGCCGGCCUGCAGCAGAAGUACACCCAGAGCGGUGGGGUACGCCCCUUCGGCCUCUCCACCCUCAUCGUCGGCUUCGAUCCAUACACGGAUAAGCCCGCCCUGUACCAGACCGACCCCUCCGGCACCUUCUCCGCCUGGAAGGCCAACGCCACAGGGAGGAACUCCAACUCCAUGAGGGAGUUCCUGGAGAAGAACUACAAGGACACCUCCGGCAAGGAGACCAUCAAGCUCACCAUCCGUGCUCUGCUAGAGGUUGUUGAGAGUGGUGGGAAGAACAUUGAGAUUGCAGUGAUGACAAAGAAGGACGGCCUUCGGCAACUCGAGGAGACUGAAAUCGAUGAAUAUGUUGCCGAGAUUGAGGCAGAGAAGGCCGCGGCAGAGGCGGCAAAGAAGAGUGGCCCGAAGGAUACCUAAUUACUUGAUGUGCUAUAUCUUCAUUCUGUCGGCCGAAACCUUUUAGUGUGUCACUUGUUACGUUCCGUAACUUUCUUUAAACUGCUUUAACAAGAUAUUGAAGUCAUUCGUAAAUGAAUUGCCUUGUUUUCUUGA